UGAAAUGAGGGUGACCGACUGUUGAUUAUUUUUUAAAGUUGCUGUUUUAUAAUUUAUGCACUUUGAGUCUGUUACUCAGAUUUCUAAUCAUUACAUGUACUUUCCUUGGGCUUUGCCUGAUACUGUGUUGAAUUUGAAUUGUGGGCAUGUGAUUUUUGCCUUUUUGUAGUUUUACAAAUUUUGUGUAAUCUACCUCAAAAGAGUAAUUUUCCAGUAAUGCAUUGGUUAACUAUAAUGCUGGCAUUUCUUGUUCAGUAACUUAAAGACUAUUCUUGUCUCAAUUCAGAGACUAAUUAUCCAGGUUAGAUUGACCGGUUCACUGCUUCUUAGCAACCUCAUGAAAAGGAUUUGAGAAGGAAAUGUGAAUAAAACUGCUCCAGAUACUCAGUACACCUGGUGUGUGCCUAACGUUGAGGAGUCGGACCAAUGUUAGACACCCAUGCUGUGACAGCUCCUGAACCCCAGGAGCCUCUUAGGAUUCAGGUUAACACUGCAGUUCCACAGGACCUCAGGCACAGAUCAUGGAGAAUGGAAGAGUGUGAGUAGAUGCAGAAAGGAGAAACAGCGCCUGUUGUACAGCAUGAGUGUGUGCAAGGAAUGGCGCUUGAUGGAGGCUAGGAAAUUCAUCAAUAACUAAGUGUUGUCAAAUAAUUCAUGACAGGUAAUUGAUAGUGCGUAAUGAACGGACCCUUAGUAAUUGAUACCUAGAAACAGACUGCCUUUGUCAACUAAGCUCUGGAUGUUUUCGUGUGAAGUGUAGCAGUGUGCUUUGUAUGUUAUUUUUCUACCAAAUAGCAUUAUGGAAAAGGAGGGAACGGGGGAGGAAAUGCCUGAGCCGAGGAGCGCGGACAGCGUGAGGGUGGCGGUCCGGGUGCGGCCUUUCAGCCAGAGAGAGAAGAACUCUGGAAGCCGCUGUGUGGUUUCCAUGCAUUCCCAAAGCACCACCAUCCGAGACCCUAAAAAUGGAGAGCAUUUGAAGACCUUCACCUUUGACCUGGCAUAUUGGUCUCACGACGGAUAUCAAAAGGACAAAGACGGCAUCCUUAUUCCAUCUAAUCCAACUAGUAAAUUUGCAGGCCAGAUCCAUGUCUUCCAUGAUAUCGGAAGAGGAAUUCUAGACAGUGCCUGGCGAGGCUACAAUGCUACUCUCCUGGCCUAUGGCCAGACUGGCUCUGGGAAAAGCUACUCCAUGAUUGGCUUUGGCACAAACAAGGGUAUUAUUCCAAGAGUGUGUGAAGAGCUCUUCCAAGCUAUUAAGAUGCAAAAAGAAAACAUAGAACUCCAGGUCAUGUUUAGCAUGCUGGAAAUCUACAAUGAACAGAUAAGAGAUUUGCUAUCUAGAACCAAGACUCCCGGAGGGUUGAAAGUCAGGGAAGAUCCACAGCUGGGCUUUUUUGGAGGUCUGAAGUGGGUGCCUUGUGAGAAUUACGCACAGAUUGAAAAGCUGAUGGAGCAGGGAUCAAAAAUCAGGAUGACAGCUUCGACCAACAUGAAUGCCAGCAGCAGCCGGUCCCACAUGGUCAUCACCAUCCAGUUCAAGCAGAUUUUCCUGGACACAGCCCUCACCAAGCAAUCCAGCAUCAACAUGGUGGACUUGGCAGGAAGUGAGAGGCAGAAAUCAUCAGGAGCUGAAGGAGACCGGCUGAGGGAAGGAUCGAGGGUCAAUUUAAGCCUAACCAGUUUAGGAAACGUCAUCAGUGCUCUGGCUGACUCCGCCAUGGGGAAGAAAGUUCUGCAUAUUCCCUACAGAGAUUCGGUUCUGACCAAACUGCUCCAGUCGGCUCUGGGCGGGAACAGCCGGACAACACUGAUUGCCGCCAUAAGCCCAGCUGAUAUCUGCUAUGAGGAGACCUUGUCGACACUGAGAUACGCCGAGAGGACUAAAAAGGUUCAGAACAAAGCUGUGAUCAACACCUGCGCGCUGGGGAAAGCAUCCAGGGCCGAGAACAAGUCUCUGCUCGGAUUCGGGGGCACCGGAGCGGCAGAACACUCAGCUGGUUCCCUGGCAGAAUGGCAGCUGGGGAUUCGGGGAACCUGGGCCCACCUGCUGGAGCAGGCUCGGAAGGAAUGGGAGGAGCAGUACGCAGCUCUCACGAAGGAGCAACAGAUGAUAAAGGCUCUCCCACACCUUCUCAAUGUCAACGAGGACCCGCAGCUCACAGGGGUCCUCAAGUUCUUCAUCCACAAAGGCUCCUGUGAUGUUGGUCGGGCAGUUUCAAAUGCUAUUCGUCUUCAAGGCCUGGGAAUUUCGGAUAGACACGCUUCCUUCGUGAACCUGGAUGGUAAAGUGACAGUCGCUCCACACGGCAAGUGCAAGGUUGUUGUUAAUGGGGUGCCUGUCACCAACAGGACAAAGCUGCAGCAUCUGGACCGCAUCAUCUUGGGAUCCAACAGUGCCUUCCUCUACAUCGGGUUUCCCUCGGAGCGAGGUGGCGAAGACUGGAGCAGAUUCGACUACGACUUUUUCCAGCUGGAGCGGGCAGCCGCCGAGGGAGUGAGUGUGGACAUGCUUGGUACUGGGAGCCCUGGAGAUGGCCACGCCGAGCCCAGUGUCUUAGCUGUGUUCCAGGACUACAUCAAACUCAUGCCGCUGGUUGUGGAAGCAAACCAGAUGAGUGAGGAGCUAGAGAAGGGGCUCAAAAUGGAAUUGAAGGUGAAGAAUUUGGCAUCGUCAGAUUCCAGGGGCUACGACCUCCAGAAAGAGGUCAUGGUGAAGGUGACCAAGCCGAGGACUCACGAGGUAUGGAUUUGGUCAAAGGCCAAGUUUAUCAAUCGGAAAUUCCUGAUGGAGGAACUUUACCAGCGCUUUCUAGAGAGGGAAGCCAGCCAGGUGGCUCAGGAAGACGACCCUUUCUGGGACCCUGUGGAGGUUGUCCACUUGGGGUCGGCACACGUCUGGCUGCAGUCCUUGGCUUACUGCAUGAUGCUGGAGGAGCAGGUGGAGGUUCUGAACUGUGACGGGCUGCAGGAAUCAGUGCUGCACAUCCGCAUCACGCCCUGCUCCCCGGAGGGAUGGGCACACGGUGAGGAGGACAUGGUUAUUGACCCGCUGGAGCUACUGGGCAAGAGGAUUGACUUCCAGAUUCACAUCGUCGGGUGUCUUGGUGUCAAAUGGCUAAAGGAAGAUGCAAACCGGGGCAUUCAGAUGGGGUACAAAAUUUAUGACCUCCCAAACACUCUGUAUACCAAGCCUGUGUGGACAAAGAGUGUGAAUCCCCGAAUUGAAGAGACUGUCCACAUCGUAGCCUUGAGCGCAUCUCGAGAGUUUCUGGACUACUUACUGACGAAUGCGCUUAUCGUUGAUUUGUGGGGCCUCCAAGAAGGCUGUGCCGAGUUAGGCGUCUCUCAACUGGACAUCCUGCUCCCAGGUGAAGGCCACGUCAUGGUAGAUACCAAGAAAUUGUCCAGUGUGAAGAAUGUGAACCAGAUCAUGUCAAACCAGGUGCCAGAAAUUUAUCAGACACUGCUCAAGUUAGAGCAGGAGACGGAGCUGCUCAGAGAUGUUAACAGAGCCCUCAGAGAAGAAAACGUGUCUCUCAAGGCAUCACUGGAAAAAACUGGUUCUGCUCAACAGGCCCAGAGGCCAGAGGAUCCAAAGAGAGCUGGGGUGAGGGCACAGCUGCCUGCAGCCAGAGAGGCUACACAAAUGUGUGCUCAGCAAGCCAGCUGUGAUGCACAGCUGGCCAGAGCUCUGAAGGUGUUCUAUCAAGGCAUGAGUGUGGCCAGAGGACAGCUCCUCAGACUGAGGCAGUGCAGGCCUCCCGAAGAUGAUGAAAUGCUUCGACCUUUUGUUCACCAACAGUCACUGAUGCUCAAAGAUUUGGAAGACCUGCUUGAAUCCAGUUUACAGAAGCUGAAAAAUGAUGUUGCUGCCAUAGUGAAGAAGAAGAAAGAGUAUCUACUGCAUACCCAACAGUGAAGAUGAGCAUGCUGAAACAUGCUCUGAGUUAAUGACUUCAUUGACUCACAUAACUGCGUCUACCAUUUUUAGGUAAGAUGCUUCCACUUUCCUCUUUUCUGACAAGGCCUUGCUAUGUGGACCAAACUGGCCUUCUCUUGCCUCUGUAUCCCCAGACCCACACUGAGCCUUAAAUGGAUUUAAAAAUCUAUAAAAAAAAUUAACAUGUAUACAGGAUGGUGAGGGGAGAUGUCUAUGGUGAAGGUCAGAACCUGGAGCUCUGGAUUUGAUUGCUCACAUUCUACCCUUCUACAUUGUACAGUGUGGGGCAACUCACUGACCUCCCUUUACUCAUCAGUUAUCUGGGAUGGUUAAUGCUUACCACCUUCCUGGCAGAAUGCCUGGCAGAAAGCAUGCUCAGUAACAAGUACCAUCAGUGCUUUCCUGGGAAAUAGUUCACAUUCCUUUCCUUUUUCCUUUUUAAAAAAGAACAAUUUUGUUGUGUGUGUAUGUCUGUCUGUAUCUCUGUACAUGUGUGCAGUACCUUUUUAGGCCAGAAGAGGGAGUUGGAUCACCUGGAGCUAGAACUAGCGGCAGCCGUUAACCCCACCUUGGUUGCUGGGCGCUGAUCUUGGUCCUCCGGGAGACCUGCACAUGCUGUUAGGCUCUGAGCCAUUUCUCCAGUCUGUUCACUUUUUAUUUUUUGAGACAGAGUCUCUCUCUUAACCCAGGCUGCCCUCGAACUCUUAAUGGUCCCUUCUGCUAUGAUUGCAGGUGUGAACCACCAUGCCUGGCUUUUCCAUUCCACACUGUAAAUAACACCUGCCUGAUUAGUUGAUUUUGUUUCUUUUUGUUGUCGGAAAUAGACAAUAGUUAGUUCACAUUUUUUAUUUUGUACCCUUGCUCUUGAACAAGUCCACCCAUGCACGAGUUUUCCCUACUCAUUUUCUAUUCAUAUGCUUAUUUGAAAUACAUUCAGUGGGCUCAGCCGCAGUAGUGAUGUACUGUAGGAUCUCUGUGGUGCAGAGCUGAAUGUCAGCCAGCUCCUUUCAGUAGACAGUCCAUCCUGCAGCGGAUAUUGGUCCCACAAAUGGUUGGUGAGUCUCAGAGACUGACAGACACUAAUACUCUAGGAAGAGUCUAUACGAAAAUCUUUUAUGGCCAGGGAAACAUCUAGUAACAAAGCCACAAGAAUAGUGACCCUUGGGGCUGGAGAGGUGACUCAGAGGUUUAGAACAUUGGCUGCUCUUCCAAAAGACGCAGGUUCAAUU